CUGCUUUUGUUUUUCUUCUUCUUUUCAGGUUUGGUAGGCGGCACCUCCAAAUCAGACUCUUCCUUUUGUUCUUGUCUUUCCAAAUCCUAAUUCGUCAAUUAAUCAGAAUCACCUUAACCUCAAUUUCCCCUAAAUACACAAAACCGGAACCUUACUUGACCUCUGCAAGUUUCAUUGAAUAAAAAGAAAAUUCCACACCCCACAUUCCCUCCCAUCAUUAAUAAUCUCAAAGUUUCGUUUUUGACCUUCUGGGAUUGCUUCUUUUGGGUGGAUUUGAAUUCAAAUCCAAUUGGGUAUCGAAAAUGUUUAACGGUAUGAUGGAUCCUGAUAUGAUCCGAAUGGCUCAGCAACAGAUGAGUCGCAUGUCACCCGCUGAGUUGGCUCGGAUCCAACAACAGAUGAUGUCUAAUCCAGAGUUGAUGAGGAUGGCCUCGGAAAGCAUGAAGAACAUGAGUCCUGAAGACUUUAAAAUUGCUGCCGAACAGUUAAAGCAUACACGUCCAGAAGAAAUGGCUGAGAUUGGUGAGAAGAUGGCCAAUUCAACACCUGAUGAAGUAGCAGCUAUGCGUGCCCGUGUUGAUGCUCAGAUCAAUUAUCAAUUAAAUGCAGCUGAGAUGUUGAAGAAGCAGGGAAAUGAACUUCAUAAUCAAGGAAGGUUCAAUGAUGCUUUACAGAAGUAUAUGCUUGCAAAGGAAAACAUAAAAGAUAUUCCAUCUUCUCAAAGUAGGAAACUUCUUUUGGCAUGCUCACUCAACUUGAUGUCCUGUUACUUGAAGACAAGGAAGUAUGAUGAAUGCAUAAAUGAAGGUUCUGAGGUUUUGGCAUAUGAUGCGAACAACCUUAAGGCUCUGUAUCGAAGAGGUCAAGCAUAUAAGGAACUUGGUCUACUAAAGGAUGCUGUUACUGAUUUGAGCAAGGCACUUGAAGUGGCCCCUGAUGAUGACACAAUUGCAGAGCUUUUUAGGGACACCAAGGAAAAGUUGACAAAGGGAGGUGGAGACCAAGCACUGCAUGUAGGAUUAGUAAUUGAAGAAAUAACAGAAGAAGUAGAGAAUGUGCCUUCUGGAAACAACAUAAGCUCUUAUUUGGAAGAAACAGUGGCUCAACCAAAAAAAUCUGGAGACUCCUCUAAGAGUUGUGGUACAGCUAACAAUGGAAAUCCAAAAACAAAUACAGACAGUCUAGAUGCAUUGAAAAAAGAUCCAGAAGCUAUCAGAUCAUUCCAAAACUUCAUUUCAAGUGCGGAUCCUGCCGCUCUUGCUUCUUUGAACACUGGUCAAUCCAAAGAUAUCUCUCCAGAUAUGAUUAGAGGUACCACAGAUAUGAUUAGCAAGAUGUCACCUGAGGAACUUCAAAAAAUGCUUGACAUGGCUUCUUCAUUUCAAGGAGACAACCCAUUUUUCAGAGGAGGUUCCCCUGAUUCUCCUUUCAACCCUGGAUCAAUUCCUCCCAAUGUGACACCUGACAUGUUUAAAACAGCGAGUGACAUGAUAAGUAAAAUGUCAGCUGAUGACCUUAAGAAUAUGUUUGAAAUGGCAUCCUCACUGAACGGGAAAGAAUCUAUUCCAUCGUCAGCCGCCGUAGACAAGAAUGAAAGAAAUGUUUCCCAGUCAAGCUUCCCAUCAUCAAGUACAAAUGGAACUAGUGCUUUUGGAGAAUCAAGUUCUUCUCACAAUGCGUUUUCGAAUAUGAGAAAUGCUUCUCCGUCAAACUUCCCUUCCUCAAGCACUGAUUUACAAGAACAGAUGAGAAACCAGAUGAAAGAUCCAGCCAUGCGGCAGAUGUUCACAUCAAUGUUUAAAAAUAUGAGCCCAGAAAUGAUGGCAAACAUGGGUGAACAAUUUGGGUUCAAGCUUUCACAAGAAGACGCAGCAAAAGCUCAGCAAGCCAUGUCAUCCUUAUCACCAGAAAGCUUGGAUAAAAUGAUGCUUUGGGCGGACAGGAUUCAAAGAGGAGUUGAAGGUGCAAAAAAGACAAAGAACUGGCUGCUAGGGAAACCUGGCAUGGUCUUAGCAAUAUGCAUGCUCAUUUUGGCUAUCAUUCUUCACCGGUUGGGCUUCAUUGGUAGGUAGAAGAAUAAGGGGCACACAUUAUUAUAUAUGAGAUUCCUCAAGAGUUCAAACUGAGGCAUAGCCUUGUAUGAGGAGACGAUGAUUUGUUGUCUCAGCCAAGAAACAAAGAGGAGAGGAGUUAUCCAGAAAGCAAUGCCAAAAUGGCAUCUCUUAUCAGAUAUGUCCAAAUUGAGGAUGUGAUUGGCACUCUUUUUGUAUUAUAUUAGCUUUUUGAGUUGUUUACCAUUUAGCAAGCACUGAGAAGGACCCUACCAUUCAAUAAAUCCAGAACCUUAUGUCAUUCCUAUAGCCUUAUCCUUAUGCUUUUGUCAGCCACCUUUUUCGGUGGACUCUUACCUCCUUUUUUUUUCCAUCUACCGCUGCACAGAAAAACGUUAUUUAUAAAAAU